AUGAAUGUUUUGCCCAGUGCCCAGUGAUCAAUUAAGUAUAUACAGUUAUAUUUGUCACGUAUUUUAAAUUGUAUGUUUCUGAUGAGUUUUUCAUAAUAUAAAUAUAUAAAGAUGGAGAAGAUGAAAUGUAUUUACAUUAUUUUCAGCUUAUCGUGCUUACGUUAUGCGAGCAUGACGUACAUACAAGCGGAACCUGAGUUUGAUUUGCUUAUAUUUACCCAACAAUGGCCAGCAACUGCUUGUAAAGAUUGGAAAAAACACGAUUCUUCUCACACAUGUGUCAUGCCAAGUAAUGUAGAUACUUGGACGAUUCAUGGUAUAUGGCCUACCAAGUUCGGCACUAUAGGGCCAGCAUUUUGCAACAGAACUUGGUUAUUUGAUCCUGAAAAGAUAAAGCCUAUUGAGGACAAACUUGAACAGGUCUGGGUCAAUAUUUUUGGAGGAACUUCACUCUACUCUCUAUGGGCUCACGAAUGGAGUAAACAUGGAACUUGUGCUGCCGUUUUAGAACCACUAAAUUCUGAAUUGAAAUAUUUCUCUACUGGUAUAAAUUGGUUGCAGAAGUAUUCUAUGUCCAAUAUACUAAAAGCAGAAAAUAUUGUUCCAUCAAAUACAAAGGAAUAUUCUAUCGCAGAUAUAAAUAAAGCUAUCAAAGAUAAAAUCAAUGUAGACCCUGUUAUUGAAUGUAAAAAAGAAGAUGGUGAGAGCUACAUAUCAGAAAUUCGUAUUUGUUUCACAAAAGAUUUUAAAAUUGCUAACUGUGAUGGAGUUGUGUCCCGCAAACUGAUUGGUGAUCAGUCCAUUCUAACAAAUUGUAAAACAUCUAAGAAUAUUGUCUAUCCUCAUUAUAACAAAAAGAGCUUUUAUGUCCAAGUGUACAAAUUAGUUUCAUGGUUGCAAUGGUUUACUUUAUAAAUUCAUUAUUUAAUUGAUUUUAAAUACAAAUGAUAAUUCAUUGCCUAUUGAUUAUUUCAAUUUUGUAAAUAUUAAAAGGGUUUUUAUAAUUUUAUACAAAAUGUUAAAAGAGUACAAUCUUUAAAUAUUUGUAAAAAAAAAUAGUAACUAAAUUAAUGUGAUUUUGAAAUAGGAGUCUUUUUGAAUAUUGUACUUACACUUUUUUAUAAAAUUUUACUAUCACAGGGUAAAACUAGAUAAUAUGUAUAAAAAAAAUUAAUCAAAUAUUAAAUAAUAGCAAUUUAUUUGAGUAUUCUUAAAUUUUAAAGAAGUAGAAAUGCAUUAUGUAACUUACAUAUUUUUAAACCAGUUUCAAACUAUUGAGCAGAAAUUGUUAACACAUUUACACUAGUGACAAUACAAAUAUAUUAAUUUAUUUUGUUUUAAUACAAAGAUUAAAUAAAAACGAACAAUACAUUACUUUAUAUAAAUCAAAUUAGUUUUUUACUGUUUUUGGAGGCUAUUCUUGUAUUUAAUUUGAUUAUUUGUAAAUAUUGUAACUGCCAAUAUACCAAAUUUAAUAUUUCAUACUAGAUAUCAUACUAUUAAUUAUGCUAUUGUGUUUUAAACAAAUAAUUCUGCUGUAUUAUCAAGACUGGUAAUUAUGUAGUGUAAUGUAGUUAGUCAGUCAAUUUUUGAUCAUUGCAGUCACAGAGGCUCAGGAAAUAACAGCUAAUAAAGUUUUCUAAGUAUAUUUGUAACCCUUAUCCUGAGUAUAGAAAAUGUAAGGUAAUUGCUAUAUGCAGAAUCAUAUAAUAUAAUUAAUCUUUUCUAAUAUGUAUAAUUUUCUAUUAGUUGUUGUUCAUCAAUUUAUUAUUAGUCAGUAAUAAUGAAAUGUAUUUUUAACAAUAAAACAUUUGGUAUUUGAUAAGUGUAUUGUAUAUGUUUAUCAACACAUUUGUUAUCAUAUCAUUCCAUUACUAUUACUUAUUUUGUUUUGACAUUUAAGGAGAUUUAUAUAUGUUACCAUUUUUAUUGAAUAUGUCAAAAUUAAGAGAUAUAUACCUAAUACAAUUGCAAAGAAAUCACUCUAAAGGCACACUUUAAUAUAUAAGUUUUACAAUAAUAAAGUUUAUUAAGCUAUAGGUGAAAUAAAAAUGCC